AUGCCGCGCGCCGGCGCUAUCAUGCUGGUGCUAGCGGGUAUCCUGCUCGCGAACCAGUGUUCUUAUGCCUCGUACAUUGAUCCAGGCGACGAUGAUAUUGAAAUACACGGACCGGAUUACGAUGAUGACCCGGCAGACUUUCAACAGCUCCAAGAUGUUGGCAAGCGUGCGUGUAUCCGGCGGGGAGGGAACUGCGACCAUCGGCCCGGCGACUGUUGCCACUCCUCCUCCUGCCGCUGCAAUCUCUGGGGGUCCAACUGCCGCUGUCAGCGCAUGGGCCUCUUCCAGAAGUGGGGAUGAAACCACUCCAAUCCCUGCAGCGGUGUAUUUACCACCAGUCGCCGCACCAAACGACCACUGCGUUUUAUCACUGGACCCGUUGCGUUAAUAGCUUCUCUCUUUAUAUUCUCUCUCACUUCAUAUCUUUCGAAACUAAAAAUUUUUAAUCAAAAACAGGGAUAUAGAUUUUAGUUUGGAUAUAUUUUUGGACCAUUUUUACUAAAAUUAUAGCUAAAAAAUAAUUUUGUUUUCCUUUCGAUUUACUGUAACUUUUCAAUAAUUUGUUUUAUCUAAUUGAGCCGAGUGUCCGCUUACAUGGUUGGGCAAUCACCCAGCCUUAUUGCCCAAUCAGUACGCUUCGACGCUAAGCUCGGCCAAUUAGAAACUAAAUACUGCUUGUAGCACUGGAUUCUUGGUCAAUUCAUUUUAGUUCCAUUUUAGUUUUUGCCAACGAACCCAUCGCAACGAAGCAGUCUUUAUUCUAUUGCAAUGUAUGUAUGUAGAGUUAAGUAAGCUUAAAGUAGAAAGCAGUAGCUAAUUGGUGGUAAACUUAUGUCAAUAGAAAGUAGUAAAAUCUACAGAAUAGAAAGAUAUAAAUGUAACUUUUAAAAUAAAUUUUCUAGUCAUUUAAGAGACUAACGGUAACAAGAAACUUGGUGAAGGACGCUAUUAUAAGCCUUUAUAUGACAUAGAGCCACAUAUUUGCGAUUGGCAACUUAGUGUUUUAAAAUACCUAUUAAUGUGUCAAAGUAUAAUUCUUAUAUAAUAAAUAAAACGAAUCUUUAAUGUACUCUAUGCGUCUCUCAGACAAGGGGACAUGGUAUUGCAGCCUAGUAGAAUCAUCUAUAUGUAGUUUCUUAUAUAAUAUACGUUCCUGAUUACGGAAUAUAAUUGUACUAUUACUAAUAUUGAAAUAUGGAAAAUUAUAUAUUAUUGUACUAAUAAAUGUUUAUGGACGAAA